ACAGCUUGCACUGCCCCUGUCGCGCACGCGCAUAAUAAAUCACGCGCCCGUGAACUCCAUCGCCACACCACAAAGUCCACAAGGACCACAACCACCAGCAACGUACGCCAAGCGCGCGCCAUGGCCGCCGCCGUUCCCCUCCUCCUCCUGCCUCUCCUCCUGGCCACCACCGCCGCCUCGGCGGCGUCGUCGGGCGGCGGCGAGAAGCAGACGCACAUCAAGCUCUACUGGCACGACGUGGUGAGCGGGCCGAGCCCGACGGCGGUGCAGGUGGCGCACGCCGCCGUCACCAACACUUCCAAGACGGGCUUCGGCGCCGUCGUGGUCAUCGACGACGCGCUCACCGAGGGCCCCGACCUCAAGUCCUCCAAGCCCCUCGGCCGCGCGCAGGGCACCUACAUCGCCGCCGGCAAGGACGAGGUGUCCCUGAUGAUGAACAUGAACUUCGUCUUCCAGGCCGGCAAAUACAACGGCAGCACCGUCGCCAUCAUGGGCCGGAACGCCGUGUUCAACGCCGUCAGGGAGAUGGCCGUCGUCGGGGGCACCGGCGUGUUCAGGAUGGCGAGAGGGUACGCGCAGGCGCGCACGCACACCUUCGACCUCAAGACCGGCGACGCCACCGUCGAGUACAACAUCUACAUCAAGCACUGAUCGAUGAUCCGAGUGCUCUGCUCGAUCCAUCGACCGUGCGUCCGCUUUGAUUACAUUUUGUGCUUUGUUACGAGAGGGACAUAGACGAAUUCAUGGAGAAGAAUCAGAUUCGAAUUAGCUUUUGUUUCUUGUGCUGCUUUUGGUGGAAAUUUAAUAAAGAUCCAUUCAUUUACAUGCA